CGCCUCCGUUUUCAGUGAUAAGUUAUCAAAAUUCUUUUUGCAGGUAAGAUGUUUUCAGUGGGUGUUAAAAUAUCUGGACUUGAUGAUUUCAUCGCACCUUCGCAAGAUUGUAUUAAACCCGCUGUGGUUGAGAAUAAAAUUGUAACUGGUGCUAAAAGAGGUACAAUCAAAGUUGAAUCAGAUGGAACCUACAAGGAGUUAUCAUCAAAUGGAGAUGAAGUGCUGCUUCAGAAAGCUAAAAUUACGCUCAAUGAUUGCUUAGCCUGCUCUGGGUGCGUGACGACCGCUGAGACGAUGUUGAUAGAGCAACAAAGUUACUCGCAGAUUUUAGAGUCUUUGAAGACGAGAAAAACCGGUUCUGUUUUUGCUGCCUCUGUUUCUCCGCAAAGUGUUGCCUCACUAGCUGCUUUUUACAACGAUGAUUUCAUCUCGACAGCUGAAAGGAUAAGCUUUUAUCUCAAAUCGAUCGGCGUCGACUAUGUUUUUGAUUCAAAUAUAGGACGAAAUCUAACUUUACUGGAGAGCGGAAAGGAGUUCGUUGAGAGGUUUCGCGGGAAGUCAGAACACUUUCCUGUUUUUACUUCGUCUUGCCCAGGUUGGAUUUGCUAUGCUGAAAAAACACACGGAGAUUUCAUUUUGCCGUUCAUAUCGAAAGUUAAAUCCCCGCAACAAAUGAUGGGAAGCUUAAUCAAGAGACAGUUGGCAUCUAGUUUGAAAGUGGAUGCAGAUCUUGUGUACCAUUUUACAGUAAUGCCUUGUUUUGAUAAGAAACUAGAAGCGCUCAGAUCCGAUUUUGUAGUUCCUGGAACCGAAAUCAAAGAGGUUGAUUGCGUUGUAGCGACCAAUGAACUUUUUUUGAUGAUGGCUGAAAGCGGUCAAAGUUUUACGACAUUUGAAAAGAAACCAUUCGAUUCUUUGGUUGACCUUCUAGAGGGCAGAUUAAAUCGUGAAUACACUUUUCGUUCACAUGAAGGAAGUGGAGCCGGCGGCUAUAUAGAGCAUGUUUUCAAAUACGCGGCUGAUCAACUUUUCGGAGUCAAAAAUCCGCCCCUGGAUUUUGUUGUCAAGAGAAGCACAGAUCACAAAGAGUUGUUUUUGAACAUUGACGGUGAAAUCAAAUUGCGUUUUGCAGUUGCGUAUGGGUUCAAAAACCUGGGAAACUUUGCUAUGAAGUUGAAGAAAAAUAAUUUGAAGUACGAUUACGUGGAGAUAAUGGCGUGUCCUUCUGGUUGCUUAAAUGGCGGUGGUCAAUUGAGGUCAGAAACAGCUAAUAAUAAAGAACUGCUAAAUGAAGUCACAGCCAGAUACUUGUCACUACCAACUACGAAGCCAUCUUUUGAUGUCGAUUUGAAUGAUGAGAAAUCUGAUAGCGCCGAUGAUGUAAAUUCUUUGUUCUUCGCCGAAUAUAAAAGUGUUCCAAAGAUGAAUACCAAUUCAUUGAACAUCAAGUGGUAAUUAAAUAGCUUUGUUUAUGAAACAGACAAAUUGGUGCAUAUAUAGGUUUUUAGUAGUGUUUAAACAUUUUGAUA